AUGGGUCUGGAAGACAUGCAACACUGUCACCCCGAUGUUCUGCUUGGAUUGAGAGGGGAAAAUAGACAGAACUGUGUCAAAUCAUGCAAAGAUGUGACAGGGACUACUUUAUCUGCUGGGGUGGAGUGGUGGAUGAUUUCUGGGCUAUGGGGAGAUUGGGUAAUGGGGCCGUAAAGGCCUAUUUACUGCACAAUGCAGUCAAUGGACUAGAUUCACCCAAAAAUGAUGAUGCAUUAAUCAGGGAAUGAUAAUGACUUCACUAAAUGCUAGAGACAUUUAUUAGCAUGGCACACUUUGGAGAGUACCAUUACAAGCUCAAGGACCUCUCUCUCUCUCUCUCUCUCUCUCUCUCUCUCUCUCUCUCACUCUCUCUCAUUCUCUCUCUCUCUCUCUCUCUCUCGUUCUCUCAUGAAGUUUCUUUUAAAAGCUUUUUCUGUCCAUAUUUUAUGCCACAUUUUAAAGCCUUGGCCUAUGACUCAGACAAAACACUUUAGUGGUUGGUGCCAUUCACAAAACCAAGGACAUGAAUUGUGAUUCACUACAGAGCCACAGACCAUACAUAGACCAUAAACACCAUAACCCAUUUUAUAGGUGGCUUUAUUUUCCCCAGACUGUAGAGCCAAGUUUCCACUAAUAAAAGGUUUAUAUCAACAGGCUUGGAUUCCACUGUGCAGGAAAACUGUCCCUAUGAUUAGUGACCAGGUUGUAUAGCCAAGCAAUUAUAUUGUGAUGUAUGUAAAUAGGAGAUGUUAACAGUGUGAGAGAUAAUAAAGUGAACUCUGAGUCAUCAGUCAGGUGUUUGCAGACCUGAGGCUUUGGAGCAGACAAGAACCAUUAUACUAAUGACUGAUACAGUCAAGCCCCAAUUUAACAUCCUCCUCCAUCCCUAAGUACAUUUUACAUUUGAGUCAUUUAGCAGACGCUGUUAUUCAGAGCGACUUACAGGAGCAAUUAGGAUUACGUGCUUUGCACAAGCGCACAUCGACAGAUUUUUCACUUAGUCGGCUCUGGGAUUUGAACCAGCAACCGUUCAGUUACUGUCCCAACACUCUAACCGCUAGGCUACCUGCAGAUAUAAAUAUCAGACAUGUGACAUUCAUCUUUGAAUUGAGAUGUUGUACUUUAAGGAGGACCACUGACGACAAUAACGGCAAUCCAUCAAUCUUACAUUUCCCAGCGUCCCUUUGUGUCCCAAAUGGCACCCUAUUCCCUACAUAGUGCACUACGUUUGACCAGAGCCUCAUUAGGCCCAGGUCAAAAGUCUUCCACUAUGGGAUUGAUGGAUUGGCGUUAUUGUAAUCAGUGGUCCUGUUUGUUCCAAUGAGGGACUGGAAAGUUAAUCUGCUUUGUUUUCCUCCGUUUAACGUCUACCGCUAUAAACACCAUGGAAGAAAACUAAUGGAAAGCUUUCACCUGGAACUUUCUUUCAGGCACCUAGACACAAAUUAUGAAUCUAUAAAUUAUGUUUUUUUACUCUCUCUCUCUCUCUCUCUCUCUCUCUCUCUCUCUCUCUCACCCCUACCCCUGCAGACGGAGAGAAGGACCACCCUAAGACAGAGGCGGGGGUCAUCUGGAGGGUGACCGGCGGUCUCUUCAACAUGACCAGAGGGGCGGUCGGAGCGACAUGGGGAGGCGUGGCCUGGGUAGGCUGUAAGAGCUAUGACAUCACCAAGACGGUGGUGACCAGCGUGCCGGCCGCCGGCGUGGGAUUGGUCAAGGGUGGCGUUUCCGUGGUGACAGGAGGAGUGGGGGCGGUAGGGUCCGCUGUAGCCAGUAAAGUUACACCAAAGAAAAAGGACAAGUCUGAUUAG